AUGAAGAGCAGACUGUUCUGCAAGACGGCCACCGCCCUGGCUGUCUCCGUGCUGGCCACCGGCCUCGUGUACGCCCAGGAGGCGGCCAAGGAAGAAGCCGCUCCGCGCGCCAAGGACGACACCGUCCGUCUGGGCACGAUCUCGGUGGUGGGUUCGAGCGCCAAGCUCGGCACCGGCAUGAUGCUGAACGAUGACUCGGUCAAGGGCCGCAGCACGAUCACCAAGGCCGCGAUGGAAAAGGAACUGGGCACCGGCAACGUGCUGCAGAGCAUCGCCCAGCUGCCUGGCGUCAACACUUACAACUAUGACUCGACCGGCCUGUUCGGCGGCGACGUGAGCAUCCGCGGCUUCGGCUCCGACCAGAUCGGCUUCACCGUGAACGGCGUGCCGGUCAACGACUCGGGCGGCUAUGCCUUCUAUGCCCAGGAAAUGAUCGACAAGGAAAACGUCUGUACCGCUUCGGUGGCUCAGGGUUCUCCCGAGCUGGAGUCGCCCAACAGCGGCGCCACCGGCGGCAGCGUCAGCAUGGUCACCUGCGACCCGAGCGACACGCGCCGCGCGCGCUUCACCCAGACCCUGGGUGGCCUGAACCUGAACCGCACCUUCGUCCGCGUGGACUCGGGUCGUUUCAUGAACAACAUGGCCAAGGUGUUCCUGAGCUACUCGCACGCUGAAGUCGACAAGUGGAAGGGCGUCGGCAAGGCCAAGAAGGACCACAUCGACGCCGGCUUCUCGCUCGACCUGAACGAGGACAACAAGAUCCUGGGUUCCAUCCUGUACAACCGGAUGGUCAACCAGAACAUCUGGAGCGUCAGCAAGGCCCAGAUCGCCGCGAACGGCUACGGCUUCGACUACGCGUCGACCUUCACCCCGCUGAAGACGCCGGCCGGCGGCACGGCCCAGACGGACGUCGUCCAGUCGCCGCUGUACUACGGCAUGGCCCUGAACCCGUUCAAGAACGUCAUCGCGUCGGUGUCGGGUUCCUUCAAGCUGGCCGAGAACACCUACCUGAAGGUGCAGCCGUACAUGUGGUACGGCUUCGGCAACGGCGGCUGGUCGCAGAUGAUCCUGGACGAAACCGGCGCAACCGCCGUCAGCAGCAGCAGUGGCAGCAGCCUGCUGGGCGGUGCCGUCGACAUCAACGGCGACGGCGACAAGCUGGACAAGGUGGCCGUGGGCCGCGCCAGCGUCACCAAGACCAACCGCCCCGGCGUCACGGCCGAGCUCAGCACGACGCUGGGCAACCACUACCUGAAGGCAGGCCUGUGGUUCGAGCGCGCCCAGCACAUCCAGACCCAGCCGGCCGUGCGCAUCAACGCCGAUGGCAUCCCGGCGGACAUCUGGCUGCAGGACGGUUGCAUCAAGCGCGCCGACGGCAGCUGCUAUGAAGGCCGCAACACGAAGACGAUCAGCACCGUCACCCAGGUCUACCUGAACGACCAGGUCACGCUGCUGAAUGACCGCGCGUUCAUCAACUUCGGUCUGAAGCUGCCGAGCGUCACGCGUGACGUGACCAACUACCGCAACGAGAGCGGCAACCUGUCCUACACGGUGAACCCGACCACCGGUGCCCUCGUGGCCGCACGAGGCCGGCCACGCGCACGAGCUUGCCCUGGCACUCCAUCGGCGCCGGGUUGGCGGCCAGCGUUUCCAGGUCGCCCAGGUAGCGCUGCCAGCGCUCCGUGCGUUCGGAGGUCAUUCGUCGUCCUGGCGCCGGUCUUCCCAGAUCGACUGCUGGCCGAUGGCCGAGACGGCCUGCUGCCAGCGCGUGGCGAUGGUGGCGUCGACGCUGGCGACGUCGGCGUCGACCUUCACGCCGCCGCGCGCCACGUCGGCGUCGGGGAUGAGCUGGGUCUCGCGGGCCUGCAGUUCCUGGCCGGCGCCUUCCUGCACGAGGGGGAAGUCGUCGGGGUGCACGCGCAUGCGCAUGUGGCGGGCCGAGAGCUGCAGCGCCUCGACGGCGUCAUGCGCGACGCGCGCGAUCAGCUCGGGGUUCUGGGGGCGACGUUUGCUAUCGCUGCUUCGGCCAACUCCCCGGGCAGUGCGUCAGGUGCAGUCCCGCCGAGCCGCCGCCCGCUGCGCCCGGCGAUCAGUCGGCAGAUGGGCGGCCAUCGAACGGCCCCUGACGUUUUCCUUCGCCCGCCGUCUCAUGGUCAGACCACCGGAGACACGCUUGACCCCGUCCAAGAAUCUGCUGCCCAUGCCGACGCGCGCCAGCCUCCGGCGGCCGCUUUGGCAGCUCGCCCUGCUGGCGUUCGGGUUUGGCCCGCUGCUGUGCGGGCUGCUGCUGGAUUCGCAACUGGCGGCUGCCAACACCUGGCUGGUGGCGGCACUGGACAUCGACUCGCGUGCGCAGAUCCAUUUGAUGCGCCUGGUGCUGCGCGUCGCGCUGCCGACCGUGCUGGUGCUGGGGCUGCUGCGAUACACGCGGCUGGGCGGCUGGAUCGUGAUGACGCCUGCCACCUUGCUCCUGCUGCUGAUCGAGAACGCGUUCUUCGGUCUCUACGUGUUCAAUCAGCUGUCCCUCUUCGUCCUCCACGGCGACGGCCUGCUGCGUGA